ACGGAGCUCGAGCAACUAACAACCCACCAGCCACCACGCACAGCAGCAGCUAGCUAGCUAGCAACCACCUCGAUCGCACAGAGGCCGGAAGCUCAGCCGCGAAUUCGGCAAGCAACAAGGAGAAGUCUUGGGUUCCUCGCCACCUCUCGAUCGGUCAGGCGGAUCCAAGAAGAGAUGGAGAAGAAGGCAGGACGCGAGCAUGUGAUCGGGAUCCCAGUGAACAACAGGGCCUUCGGCAUCGAGGAGCCGGAUUUCUCCAGCAAAGGCGCCGCCAGGAACGCAGCCGCCGCGGGACGGGCUGCAAAGUCCGGCUGGACGACCGGGGACAGGGUCGCUCAAGGCCUGAAAGAACACGUGGCUCUGGGGCCAAACCUGUACGAGACCGUGAGGGGCAAGCUGUCGCUGGGGGCGAGGAUCCUCCGGGCAGGCGGCGUGGAGAAGGCGUUCCGCCGGUGGUUCUCCGUCGUCGGCAAGGGCGAGAGGCUCCUCAGGGCCUCGCAGUGCUACCUGUCCACCACCGCCGGCCCGAUCGCCGGCACGCUCUUCGUGUCCACGGAGAGGAUCGCGUUCCGGAGCGACCGCUCGCUGGCGCUGACCUCUCCCAAGCGCGGCACGGUGGUGCUGGUGCGGGUGCCGUACAAGGUCUCCAUCCCGCUGGGCAGGGUCAAGACGGCCACGCCGGGCGGGAACAAGGACCGGCCGGAACAGAAGUACGUGCAGGUCGUCACGGACGACGGCUUCGUGUUCUGGUUCAUGGGCUUCGUCAGGUACCAGGUGUCCCUGCACGAACUGGAGAAGGCCAUCAAGCAGGCGCAGGCGCAAUGACCUGAGGCGAACGUUCGCCGACCCCUGUUCGGCGGCCUCGCGUUGUGCUUAAUUUGUGGUCUGCAUCAUCUGUGUGCAUAUGUAGUAGGGUUCAGUUUUCUUGAUGGAUUGCUUGGCGUUUUUGGCAUUUGAGCAAGUCCGGUAUACCGAAUGUAUAGGAGAAGAAGUAUUAGAUUAAUUACGUAAUUGGUGAUGUUGAGUAAAUCUUCUACGGUGCCAAGGUAAAAGCGGCUCGUCUGAAGUUUACAUGUGGAAUGAAAAACAGGCACAAAGUAUUUGUGCGACAAAAUAAAUUGUGUCAAUUCUUUUA